AUGAUUUACAUCACAUUAUUGAGUUGUAUUCUUAAGAGCAUAGCCAAAGAUUGCUCAUUAUUCCCAAGUGAUUACACGAAGAUAGUCGGAAAGGAGAAUGAAAUAAUUGUAUAGGAUAUAUCGGAGUAUUUUAGUUAAGUGAAAUACAACGACAUCGUCACCUUAACUGACUAGAAUAGCAAGGUUACUUUGGUACCGCCGAUUAACUUAAAAGCUACAAAAGAAACGAUUCCUAAUGUGAAUAAAUUGUUAUCAUACUCAGUUUUGACUACCAAUCAAGGUUAGUGGAUUAAUAAAUUUUAACUAUUAGCUAUCAGAAAUCAAGAUGAAUAAGUUUUGGCAUGGACAGAAAAAAUUGUUGCAGGUACUUAAUAGAGAUACCCAACCUUUGAUAAAACAGUUUUACUUGGAAAGACUGACUAAAUUAUUUGCCAAUCUUCAACUAUUUUAGAUAUAUCUCAUCUAAUAACAGAUUGCUAUUAGGUUAAUGGUGAAGAGCCAUAAACAUAUUUUUAUUUGAUUAGCGAAAAGGAUGAUUAAAAAUAAUUAAUAUAAAAUGUGUAUCCUUAUGAAAAAAAUUAAUAAAGAUACAUUGUAAGCACUUAGAACUAUAUAUAUAGAAUUACUUUGAAAACUAAUAAUAAUCCUGCAAUUAUUGAAUUGUUUACUUAUGAUUUAGCGAACAAAGACAUAAAACUCCAAAAGACAAUUAACUAAGAGUUAAUUCAAAAAUAUGUGAAUAUUACCUAAUAUUCCUUUGAUAUGGUUGAUGCCAAAAUUAGUCCAGCUGAUUAAAUUGCUAUUUUAGACAAGACUGGAAAUGUUUUUUUACUCAAAUACUACCCUUCUAAUGAUACGUUCCAAUUUAGUCAAUAGGGACGUCUCUUAGGAGAAUCUAUAUCGUUUGAUUAUUAAUUCAAUAAUAACGAAUUUGCAAUCGUAUAAAAACACUCUAUCAUACAAAGCUAUAGAACUUAUGUUUCAACAGAUGACUUAUCAAAUUCGAAAAUUCAUUACAGCAAUAAUUUUAUAUUUUUAACUUCCCCCACUCAAAUAAUAGCAUUUGAUAAAUAUUUAUAGAUAAUUUAGAUUGUAUAAGGAGAUUUCAGCAAUGUAAUGACAGAUUAGAUUUAAAAUGAUUUGUUAGUCUUCACCAAUGCAAAUGUUAGACAUUAUUUAAGUCGCUCUAAAUAUUAGAUCUAGUAUCACAAUAAUGAUCAAGGUAUAACUGGAAAUGCAAAACUAAUUCUAAAUGCAUGUUAAGUCACUAUAGAAUAUUAGACAGUUUCAAUCAACUCUGUAGAUUUGUAACUAGUAUCAAAGGGAAAUAUUAAAGAUUCUCCAUUUUAUACAGAACAAAUAUUUGCAUAUGAUUCCCUUACCCGUCCUAGAUAAUUAGUUUCUGGCCCUAAAUAAAAAAUCAGUUUUUAAAAGAAAACUAAAGAAAAUGCACUUGGAGGUGGAAAUCUUACAUAUAUCGCCGUUACUGGAGACUUCUCAGAAAAGUAUACAAAUAAAAAUUUGAGUUUAACCGACUUAAUCUUCCUUUAAACUAUUUCUAUGGCAUAAUCUUUUGAUUAACCUUUUUCGAUAAUCACUUAGAAUAAGGAAAAAGAGUUGACAAUUUAUUUUUGUAACAAUCUUUAGGCUGAGAUAUGCCAAUAGUAGUAUAAGACUAAGUUGAAUUUUGAAAUUACUAAGGAAAAUACUGUUAUCCAAUAUCAGAAUUAUUAAUUUACAUUCAUCACUAUAUUAAAUGAGAAAACAUUGUUCCAUUAUAAAUUUUUGUCAAACAAUUAUAUCAACAAAACUAUUACCCUAAAAGAUGAUGACUAAAUCAAAUCUAUAGACAGCAUUUAUUUGAGUUAUUAAUAUUUACUAAUAUUUUCAAAAGCAGCAAAAGCUAUUGGAGUGUAUAAUUAUCAGAUUGUUGAUUUUCUUUACAUUAUUAAUUCUGAAAAAUUGAGCUAAUUCGGAUUUCUCAACUGGGAUCCUUAAAAAUUGUUUUCAACUGAUUUCAGCUAACUUUUGUUUGUCGUUAAUGGAUAAGAAUAGAAUUAACUUCUGAUCUUGAAUUUAACUAGAACAGAUUUCUCUUUUGGAUACGAAAUGGCCAUUUCAUAAUCAUAAGAUAUUCGUGUUAUCAAUUUUUUUGAGCGAUUCGCUAUACUUUAAUAGUAAGCUUAAGGAAAAUUUACGUUCCAAGUUUACAAUCGAUAAGAUCCUACAAAUAUCUAUCUAGAGAAAACUCCAUCCUUUUAUAACUACCAGAUUGAAAGUAUUGAAUCCUUCUUUUGGGCGCCAUACAAUAAUUUGCUGCAUGUCAAAGCAAAAUCUGAAUUCAAAUCUGUUAUCUUAUCGUAUGUUGUUGAGUUGACUGAUCACAAUUCAUUAUAUUGUGUCCAAGAUUGGGACAAAGCCAAUUAAUUUGUGACAGCAACUUAGGAUAACGUAUUCUAAUUUAAUAAAGAAAAUGUUUGGAUAUAUUACAUAUAAAGAUAUCCUUAAUUGUAAUAUUCAGUUAUUUUUGAUGACAAUACUUUCAUUUAAGAUUAAGAUUACACUAUAGUCUACUCAAAUGAAUAACUGUUAUUGGUUAAUCGAAAGUUCAGAUUGGUUAACAAUUAACUUAGCGUAAAAAUUAAGAAGGAUAAAUUAAACAUAAAAACUAAUUUAACAUCCAAUCAGGAACACAAUUAUAUUUAAGAUAUGGGUACUGAUUGGUAUUCCGGUGAGGUAGCCUAAUUUGAAUUGAUGAUACCUCAAUUCAAAGACAGAAAAGCAGAAAUUAUAAAUCCUUUUGAAGUUGUAAAACCAUAUUAUCUAAAUAAUUCUAUGAAUGCAAUUGAUUUCAGUACAAACUAUAUUUUUGUUCUGAAACAUGACUCCUAUGUUCUAAUUAGUAAAAAGACAAAUGAAGUUGUAGUCACUGAAAAAAUAACUGCAGAUUAUUCAUGUGGAGAUGUCAUAGCAAGUUUUGAUUCCUAGGUCUUGAUUUAAUGUGUUAAAGAUAAAUUAUAGUAUGUUGGUGGAAUACAAUGUGAGAAUACCAAUUGUAAAAUAGGUAGUUCUUGGCUAUAAAUUAAUGGUGACAUCAUAUCAGGAUACAUAGAUACUGAAAAUAUCUUUAUUAUUUAAAAACAGGAGAUCUUGGCAUACUCCAAAAAUAUUCUAGACUUAUCCAAAGCUUAAAAUUACGGUAAAGUAAGUGUUACAGAUUUGGAUAAUUUCUAGUAUGGAUUAACUAUUUAAAAAAUUAAGAAGAAUCACUAUCACGUAUAUUGCACUGAUCACAAUUAUGCAUUAAUUGUACUUGAAUAUAGCAUAAAACAGAAUCAAAUUUAGAGAACCAACAAAAUUACUUUCGAUUUAUACGAUUUUCUCAAUCAAGACUUCUUUGUGCCUAAAGAUACUAUUUACUCUUGCAUCAAAACAAUUAAUGUUGUGACUACUGAUGUAUCAUACAAAGCAGAUUUUAUUCUAUUUGGCACCUAAGGUCCUCAUUAUGGAAUACACAUAGAGUUUUCUUGUUCUACUGAUUAAUGCAAUUUGAUAUAAAAAAAGAUUGUUUUUGUUUUGUAAGGCUAUGGAUCAUUCUCAAUCUUGGGAUACAUAUUCUCAACAGUUAGAAUUGUUAAUAAUUUCAUAUAAGUUUCAUACACAGAUUCUGCCUAAAUGAGAUUGGUCUAGGCAAUCUAUUAAUUACCUAAGGUUUAAUCUACCAAUUCAGCAGUAACCUUUUUUGCAGCCUUAAAACCAACAUUCUAUUUUGGAUCGUAUUAGGUUUAACAGGAAUUGUACUCAUACGAAAACUAAUUGUAUUACAUUACCAAUUCAGAACAUAUUGAAUAAUUAUCUUUGUAUAAGAUUAAUCCAUCUCCAAAACUAUUGCUUGACGGAAAAUUUGAUAUAUCAAUGGGCAAUAUUGUAGUUAGAAACGAUUUCUCAAUGGAUUCAAUACCCAUAACUAUUAGAGGCCCUGGUGGUAAUGAUGACGAUCACGAUAAUACUACUACUAGUGGCCAUACAGGAGUUUGGGUUACUUUGGGUAUAUUGGGAGGCUGUCUAAUAUUGGGAACAGGAUACUACUGUUACAAAAGAAAUAAAACUAAAGUAGACACUUUAAUUUGA